AUGGAGCGCAUCCUCUCGAGGAACGUGGUCGACGACCUUCAAGAAGACAAAAGCCUUCCGGACCCUGAGAACGAUACGAAACAGGAGGAGGGCAUGGAGGGCAUGGGUGACCUCGGCCGGAACUUGGAGUUCAUGAUGAUGAAGAUCGCCCAGCUGGAGACGAUCGUGGAGCUCCAGCAGGUGCAGAUCAAAGACAUGAACGAGUGGAGGAAAGCACACAUGAGCCGGGAACACAACGCUCCUCAGCCGCAGCCUCCUUCCACCCAGGAGGCCACUCCGAGCUGA